UCCGCUGCAUUCGGCUUUCCACUCUCUCUCGCUCGCUGGCUUGCCUUCGUCUUGACGAGUAGGUUCGGACAGUUUUCAAGUGGCGAGGCCGAAACCAAUGCAUUUUGGCUGGUUUCGCUGGAUCUGGAGGCGGGGGUGAUCCAAUCCUAGAGACAUACGGUGGAAAAAAAAAAAAAAAAAAAAAAAAAGGAACUGUUGACAGAUUGGUAACAGCUAUUAUUGGGAGUGCCUGGAGAUUUUUAUAUUUCCUUCUCGGCUCUUCCCAAAUGAUCCAAGCCUGAAGAUUCCAGAGAGGAGCGGCGAAAGAUUGGCACCGGGUGGUCGCCCUCAUCUCCCCCCUCUUUGUCCUCACAUGGACACCCGUAAGGAGUGAGCUCGCUGGGGGCGCCGUAUUGGUUUUUCUAGGGUUUCCGGACAGCCAUCGCUAAAUCUUUUCUUGAUGUUGUGCCAGUUCUUGGGCUAGUUCGGGGCGGUAGGGUCUUAGAGUUGUCGCCAUCUUCACCUUAACUGAAUCAUCCGUUCUUUGAUCGGCCGAUCUUGGUUUUCAUCAGACGGGUUCCUCUAUUAGUGUUUUAGUGGUUUGUUAGUUGCAGGAAUGACGCGAGGAGCUGUUCUGGUUGCAAUAGCUGCUUCAAUUGGCAACUUGUUGCAGGGAUGGGACAAUGCUACUAUCGCAGGGGCUGUUCUUUAUAUAAAGAAGGAGUUCAAAUUGGAGACUGAGCCUACUGUAGAGGGGCUAAUUGUAGCCAUGUCACUUAUCGGGGCGACAAUUAUCACUACAUUCUCUGGAGCUGUAUCAGACUGGAUUGGUAGGCGCCCGAUUCUAAUUCUUUCAUCAGUUCUAUACUUCCUAAGUGGUUUGGUGAUGCUGUGGUCUCCCAAUGUCCAUAUCCUACUCUUAGCAAGGCUUAUAGAUGGGUUUGGAAUUGGCUUAGCUGUCACACUUGUUCCUCUAUAUAUUUCUGAGACAGCCCCACCAGAGAUAAGGGGAUUGUUAAAUACCCUACCGCAGUUCAGUGGAUCUGGAGGCAUGUUCCUGUCAUACUGUAUGGUUUUUGGAAUGUCAUUAAUGUCAAACCCAGACUGGAGAUUGAUGCUCGGAGUUCUGUCUAUCCCUUCUCUCGUGUAUUUUGCAUUGACGAUAUUUUAUUUGCCCGAAUCUCCAAGGUGGCUUGUAAGCAAAGGGCGGAUGGUAGAGGCGAAAAAAGUUUUGCAGAGACUACGCGGAAGAGAAGAUGUCUCAGGAGAAAUGGCACUUCUUGUCGAAGGCUUGGGGGUAGGGGGUGAGACAUCUAUUGAAGAAUACAUAAUUGGCCCUGCUAAUGAGCUUGCUGAUGACCAGGGAGAAACUGCUGAUAAGGAAAAGAUCACAUUGUAUGGGCCUGAAGAGGGUCUCUCCUGGGUUGCACGGCCUGUUAAGGGACAAAGUGCCCUUGGAAGUGCCCUCGCUGUUAUCUCUCACCAUGGUAGCAUGGAGAGUCAGAGUAACAUACCUCUUAUGGAUCCCUUGGUCACUCUUUUUGGGAGUGUUCAUGAGAAGCUACCGGAGAUGGGAAGCAUGAGAAGUACACUCUUUCCAAAUUUUGGCAGCAUGUUUAGUGUAGCAGAGCACCAACCAAGAACUGAGCAGUGGGAUGAGGAGAGUCUUCAAAGGGAGGGUGAAGAUUAUGCAUCUGAUGCUGGAGGAGGUGAUUCAGAUGACAACUUGCAGAGUCCACUGCUCUCUCGCCAAACAACAAGCCUGGAAGGCAAGGAUAUUGCCCCACCACAUGCUGUCCAUGAGAGUGUUCUAAGUAUCCGGCGAAACAGCAGUCUCAUGCAAGGGAAUGCUGGGGAGUCAGUCAGUAGUAUGGGCAUUGGUGGAGGAUGGCAACUGGCUUGGAAAUGGUCUGAGAGAGAAGAUGCUGAUGGGAAAAAGGAAGGAGGAUUCAAGAGAAUCUAUCUGCACCAAGAGGGUUUCCCAGGUUCACGGAGGGGAUCCCUUGUUUCACUUCCAGGAGGUGAAGUCCCGGAAGAAGGCGAAUUUGUCCAGGCUGCUGCUUUGGUAAGCCAGCCUGCUCUUUUUUCGAAGGAGCUCAUGGAGCAGCAUCCAGUUGGGCCAGCAAUGGUUCAUCCAUCAGAAGCAGCUGCUAAAGGUCCGAGGUGGGCAGAUCUUUUAGAACCUGGAGUCAGACAUGCUUUGUUUGUUGGAGUGGCCAUCCAAAUCCUUCAGCAGUUUGCUGGCAUAAAUGGUGUUCUCUACUACACCCCUCAGAUUCUGGAGCAAGCUGGUGUUGAAGUUCUUCUUGCAAAUAUUGGCAUCAGUUCAGAUUCGUCAUCAAUCCUUAUCAGUGCUCUCACAACCUUGUUGAUGCUCCCUAGUAUUGGUAUUGCUAUGAGGCUGAUGGAUAUUUCAGGGAGAAGGUUUCUUUUGUUGUCCACGAUCCCCAUCUUGAUAGCAUCGCUUCUUGUCUUGGUUGUGUCAAACCUUGUGGACCUGGGAACUGUGGUCCAUGCUGUGUUGUCCACAGUUAGUGUCAUCGCCUACUUCUGCUGCUUUGUCAUGGGAUUUGGUCCAAUCCCCAAUAUCCUUUGUGCAGAGAUCUUCCCAACUCGGGUCCGUGGUGUGUGCAUUGCCAUAUGUGCCCUCACAUUUUGGUUUGGAGACAUUAUAGUGACCUACACUCUCCCUGUGAUGCUAUCGUCUAUUGGCCUUGCUGGUGUUUUUGGAAUCUAUGCAUGUGUCUGCAUCAUAUCACUCGUGUUUGUGUUCUUGAAGGUUCCUGAAACAAAGGGAAUGCCUCUUGAGGUCAUCACUGAGUUCUUUGCUGUUGGUGCAAAACAAGCUGCAAAAAAUUGAUUGCUAUGAAAUUGCAGUGGCAGAUAGAGUUCCAGGGUUCCAGGCCAUGUUCUUGGCUAGCUAUUAUUUUUAGCAUUACUGAAAUUACUUAUCUUGUGGGUCUUUGGAAAGUUUAGGAUGGGGAUAGGGUAAAAGAAACUGAGGGGCAAGGUUUGAAAAGGGCGUUCAGGCAAAUUACAAGGUGAUGUGUAUUACCGGUAUUUGGUGUUUCUUGGUUGCGAGGCGUUUGAGAGAAGGGGACUUGGGAUUCAUUUGCUUUUCUAUCUGUGGCAUUCUAUUCUUUUAUCUUGUGAAUUUAUUCUGUAAGCUUUGAUGUGCUUUUGGGAUUA